AUGAAGGUGUCUCUUGAGUUUCAUAUGCGAGGCUUUCUACUCCUCCCAUUGGUUGUGGCGGUCGUCCACUGUGAUACACUUUAUUUCCGUCCCAGGGAGAAUCCCGCCGUUCCCGGGACUCCGUGUCAGGACGGGAAAUCCUUCUGUCUGGACGGGAGCACCUGUUGUAUCCAGGAGUCAGGGGAAUAUGGAUGCUGUCCUCUCGCUAAUAAACUUUUACUGAAGUCGGCAAGUGUAGUUUGUCCUGAUGGUCAGUCAGCGUGCAUUUCUGGAAGCACUUGCUGUAAACUUUCCACUGGUCAGUAUGGAUGCUGUCCCUUACCAAAGGCUGUGUGCUGUAGUGAUGGUAUAAACUGCUGUCCUGAUGGAUAUACAUGCACCUCUUAUGGAUACUGUACAAGAGGAGGGUCCAGUCAAGUCACAGACUGGGUUAAGAAACAACCUGCUCUGUUGACAUCAGGGAAUGUGGUUUGUCCUGGUGGUCAAGCCAUGUGCCCUUCUGGACAAACUUGCUGUAAACUAUCCACUGGUCAGUAUGGAUGCUGUCCCUUACCAAAGGCUGUGUGCUGUAGUGAUGGUAAAAACUGCUGUCCUGAUGGAUAUACAUGCACCUCUUAUGGAUACUGUACAAGAGGAGGGUCCAGUGAAGUCACGGACUGGGUUAAGAAACAACCUGCUCUGUUGACAUCAGAGAAUGUGGUUUGUCCUGGUGGUCAAGUCAUGUGCCCGUCUGGACAAACUUGCUGUAAACUAUCCACUGGUCAGUAUGGAUGCUGUCCCUUCCCAAAGGCUGUGUGCUGUAGUGAUGGUAAAAACUGCUGUCCUGAUGGAUAUACCUGCACCUCUUACGGAUACUGUACAAGAGGAGGGUCCAGUCAAGUCACGGACUGGGUUAAGAAACAACCUGCUCUCUUGACAUCAGGGAAUGUGGUUUGUCCUGGUGGUCAAGCCAUGUGCCCUUCUGGAAACACUUGCUGUAAACUAUCCACUGGUCAGUAUGGAUGCUGUCCCUUACCAAAGGCUGUGUGUUGUAGUGAUGGUAAACACUGCUGCCCUAAUGGAUAUACAUGCAUCCCUGGGGCAUGUACUAAAGGGGGGUCCAGUCAAGUCAUAAAAUGGGUUGAGAAACAACCUGCUCUGUUGACAUCAGAGUAUGUGGUUUGUCCUGGUGGUCAAGUCGGUUGCUAUUCUGGAUCCACUUGCUGUAAACUGUUCACUGGUGAAUAUGGAUGCUGUCCCGUACCAAAGGCUGUGUGUUGUAGUGAUGGUAAACACUGCUGCCCUAAUGGAUAUACAUGCAUCCCUGGGGCAUGUACUAAAGGGGGGUCCAGUCAAGUCAUGAAAUGGGUUGAGAAACAACCUGCUCUGUUGACAUCAGAGAAUGUGGUUUGUCCUGGUGGUAAAAAAAUGUGCACUUCUGGAUCCACUUGCUGUAAACUGUUCACUGGUGAAUAUGGAUGCUGUCCCUUACCAAAGGCUGUGUGUUGUAGUGAUGGUAAACACUGCUGCCCUAAUGGAUAUACAUGCAUCCCUGGGGCAUGUACUAAAGGGGGGUCCAGUCAAGUCAUGAAAUGGGUUGAGAAACAACCUGCUCUGUUGACAUCAGAGUAUGUGGUUUGUCCUGGUGGUCAAGUCGGUUGCUAUUCUGGAUCCACUUGCUGUAAACUGUUCACUGGUGAAUAUGGAUGCUGUCCCGUACCAAAGGCUGUGUGUUGUAGUGAUGGUAAACACUGCUGCCCUAAUGGAUAUACAUGCAUCCCUGGGGCAUGUACUAAAGGAGGGUCCAGUCAAGUCAUGAAAUGGGUUGAGAAACAACCUGCUCUGUUGACAUCAGAGAAUGUGGUUUGUCCUGGUGGUAAAAAAAUGUGCACUUCUGGAUCCACUUGCUGUAAACUGUUCACUGGUGAAUAUGGAUGCUGUCCCUUACCAAAGGCUGUGUGUUGUAGUGAUGGUAAACACUGCUGCCCUAAUGGAUAUACAUGCAUCCCUGGGGCAUGUACUAAAGGAGGGUCCAGUCAAGUCAUGAAAUGGGUUGAGAAACAACCUGCUCUGUUGACAUCAGAGUAUGUGGUUUGUCCUGGUGGUCAAGUCGGUUGCUAUUCUGGAUCCACUUGCUGUAAACUGUUCACUGGUGAAUAUGGAUGCUGUCCCGUACCAAAGGCUGUGUGCUGUAGUGAUGGUAAACACUGCUGUCCUGAUGGAUAUACCUGCACCUCUUAUGGAUACUGUACAAGAGGAGGGUCCAGUGAAGUCACGGACUGGGUUAAGAAACAACCUGCUCUGUUGACAUCAGGGAAUGUGGUUUGUCCUGGUGGUCAAGUCAUGUGCCCUUCUGGACAAACUUGCUGUAAACUAUCCACUGGUCAGUAUGGAUGCUGUCCCUUCCCAAAGGCUGUGUGCUGUAGUGAUGGUAAAAACUGCUGUCCUGAUGGAUAUACCUGCACCUCUUAUGGAUACUGUACAAGAGGAGGGUCCAGUCAAGUCACGGACUGGGUUAAGAAACAACCUGCUCUUUUGAUAUCAGAGAGUGUGGUUUGUCCUGAUGGUCAACAUGAAUGUAAAACUGGACAGACUUGCUGUAAACUUUCCAGUGGAGGAUAUGGGUGUUGUCCUGUACCAAAUUAAGAAAUUGAAACCAAGAAAUUUUUUAAGAGAAAAAACCUGCACUAAAAAGACGUCCGAGAGAAAUAAUUCCAAAAAAUAUAGUUG